CCGCGGGUAGAAGAUGGCUCUGUCCUGGUCGGAGACAUCCUCUAUUCUGCGGAAGAAUGGCAAAAUUUUCUCGCUAAAAACUUGCAUUCAGUGAAGAAACUUUGGCCACGAACGAACGGGGCCUUGAAAAUUCCUUACAAGAUAUCCUAUCCGAAAAUGAACAUGACGGUGCUACAAGAGGCGAUCGGCGCCUGGGAGGCGGCGACGUGCAUCAAGUUCUUCGAGAUGGAAGUGUUGGACGAGCGCGCAGAGUUCAUGGAGUUCGUGGGCAAGAAAGGAUGUUACGCCUCUGUGGGUUACAGGAAGGGCAAAAACACUAGAAUCAGUGUCGACACUUGCGCAGGGAGAGGCGUCACCCACGAAAUUGCUCACGCAUUGGGACUGCAGCACGAACAGAGUCGCAGCGACAGGAACGACCAUAUCAUUUUGGUAGCGGACAACAUCGAAGUAGGCAAGGAGUUUAAUUUCGCUUUAUUGAAGACCGUCAAUUACAACAUCCCUUACGACUACUACUCCCUCAUGCACUACUAUGACCGGGCUGCUAGCGGAGACGACAAGCGCACGAUGCUCGCUAGAGACCCACGAUUUCAACUCGUCAUGGGCGACGGGAAAAAAAUCAGCUUUUGGAACGCCAAGCUCGUGAACACAGCUUACGGAUGCAUAGACGACUGGCUGGCGAGCUGCAAGCAAGAGUCAGAACCCUGCAAGAACGGCGGCUACACGCAGAAGGACUGCAGCUGCGCGUGUCCUCUGGGCACCACGGGCGACAAGUGUCAGGUGUACAACAUGAGUUACAGAGAUGCUCUGAUAAAGCAGAUCUCUCCGUACACCUCCGUCAUCACAACCUCUGGUACAGAGGUCGUCUCGUUUGGCUACCCUGACGACAGUCCAUCGGCAGAAACGAAGUACACGCAGAUUAUGCGUGCCCCCGAGUGUCACAGAGCGGUGGUCAAGUUCAGCGACUUUGAGCUCGCUCCUCGCAAUCCGACAGAAGACAAAAUCUGCGAGUUCGGCUCUCUGGAGAUUCGUUCUGAUGUUACGGUGGCGGGUGGAAAACUGUUCUGCGGGAAAGAAAUUGAGAAAGGUACGGUAUUCAAGAGUGACAAGACUGAUCUCAUCUUUCACUACAAGAAUCCCAACUUCGUUCAAUUUGGAACUGAGAACAAAUAUAAAGGCUACAAGGCUACUUUUACCGUCGAGCCCAUCCCUAACUGCAGGUAAUGUGUUCGAAUACACUGACUGGAGGGCCUUGUAAUCUGGCGACCACUAAGAUGAUGCAAAGGAUAAUUCUCUGCUUUUUUGUGUGUUGAAUAAAAACUUGCAAGUUU